UUGGGGCACACAGCAUUGGGGCGAGACAUUGUGUUCGGCUUGGGCUCAGUCGAAAAGCACAAGUGAAACGUGCCACAAAAACUUGCGGAAGCAAAUUGUGGCAAUUUCCUGUGUGUGUGCAAUUUACAUGUGUGUGUGUGAGUGUGCGUGUGACCUUUUUGCAAACGCCGCUUGACCUUAGACCCAGUGACCAGUCGAGUGACAGUGACAGUGAAAACGCGUUGUUUACGCCGUCUACCAACUGCAUUCCGUGCUCAGACCUCAAAGAGGCGACACACUAAACACUAAACACUUCAACAAAGAAAAAAACAGGCAACAAAAUGUAUUUCAAAGUGCUGGUAGUGUUAGUUUUAGCAGGCACUGUUAGUGCUGCAUCUGCUGCUACUGCUGCUGGCAGCUUGGACAACAAUCUGCUGCAUUUUAAGGAACAACUCGAACAGUUGCUGGACUUGAGUCGAUCGCCUUGCCAGGACUUUUAUGGCUACGUCUGUGGACGCAGUGCGAAUGGGAAUCAAACGUUGCGUCGCCAGCAGGAACAACAACGUUUCCAGCAGCUGUUGAAAUCAACGAAUCCCGUUCAGAUGCUGGACAUGGAACUGCAGUUGAUUAACUUUUACAAAUCCUGCGAGAAUAAUCGUGGUGCAGAAGCUAUGCGCUCUUCCCCGCUCUACAAAAGCAGCGGCGGAUGGCCAGCUUUGGAGGCAACAACCAACAAUCAGUCGCUGCAUUGGCUGUCGGUGCUUGGCAACUUCCAUGAGAUGGGUGCGCCGUAUUUCUUCGAGACCAAGAUUAGCAUGCAGUCGAACAAGCGAGUGGUCACCUUGCAACCGGACACCACGAGGCGCCACACGAUGCGUAAGUUUGAGCAGCGCGUGGGCGAAUUGUUGCAAGGCUUUGGCGUCGAGCAGAGUCGCGCUCAUGUCACGUCGCUGGAGGUGCUCAGCUUGGAGCGCAGUCGUCGGGAUAUUGUGAAGACGGAACGCAUCGACGAUCAGGUGCAGUUCAGCUAUAUGAAUUUCAAGCGUAGCUCCUUUGGCAACGCCUCGCUGAAUCGCCUCGAUUGGGAUGGAUACUUCAGGAAGCAGCUGGGCGGCAAAACGCUGCAGCCAACGGAUGCGGUGGUGGUGAAGCAGCUGCCUCGACUGGUGGACUAUUUGCUGCUGUUGCAGAACACGAGCAUGCAUCGGCUGCUCAAUUGGCUGUGGAUUGACUAUGUGAUGGAUAUUGCUGCCGCAGACUGCCAACAGCUGGUGGACACCUAUGCGGGCGAUGUCUAUGCUCAUCUGUUGCAACGCGUCAGCGCGAAUCGUGUGCAGACAACACAAAUGUAUGCGGCCAUUGGACGGGCGUAUAAGACGCAGCUGGCGGGCAGCGUGUGGAUCGAUGAGAUCUCCGAGCAGGCCAGUCAACGUUUUCUCGGCCAAUUGAUGCACAUGUCGCUGAACGGCGACGAGCGACUGAAUGCUGCCUAUCACGAGUUGCAGCUUGGACGUCGCAGCUUCUAUCGCAACAUGGAGAAGUUGCGUCGCUUUCAACACAAGCGGCAAUCGACGAGCAGCUCACAGCAAGCAUUGUGGCAAUAUGUGCAAGUCUUCAACACUAUCAACGGACUGCUGCCGCAACUUCAGAAUCUAAGCUCGCCGCUGAACUAUGCGCUGAUUGGCGAGCGUUUCGCCCGCUCGCUGAUUGCCGCCGGCAGCAACAGUCGGACGCCUGGCGCCUGGCGCAGCAUGGACUCGGAGCGACAGUUUGCCGUGUUCCAGAACUGCAGCAAUACGCUCAGCACUGAGCGUCUGCCCAACGCCAAUGAUCUGUUGCUGGGCAUGCUGGCGCAGCGACAAAGUUGGAGCUGCUACAAACAACAGUUGCCACAGACAGCGUCGCGUUUGAAUGCGCAACUUGGCGGUGGCCGAAUGCAAUUGUCACUGGAGCGACUCUACUUCAUUGGCAGCCUGCUGGUGGAGUGCCGCGAGAACAGCGGCAGUGGCAGCAGUCAACAGCAGCAACUGCAGCAGCGGCAGUUGCAGCACGCCAUCUUGCGUAACUCGGUCGAGUUUAGCGAGGCCUUUGGUUGCCGCAAUGGCGAUGCGCUCUACGCGCAGCAGCAACGCUGCAAGCUCACUCCAUAGCACACCGAGGGUGACAAAAACACACACACACACACUUGCACUCAUUUACACUUACACACAUACACAGACAGAAAGACAGACAGACAGCAGCAGGCAGAUUGGACAAAGUUAAAAAGUUGUCAGCAGCUUUAAUGCAUAAUAAAUGGUCGAAAAACUGAGCAAAAGA